AUGUCUUUCACUGGUAAAACACCUAAAAGUUGCUGGCGAAAGUAUUUUGUAAUAAAUAAGGACAAUGCCACUGCACAAUGUAAAUAUUGUCCAAAAGCAUUAAAAACGUGUAGUAACACUACAAACUUAAAACAGCAUAUGGAAAGGAAACAUUCCGCUGUUUUAGAAGUUGACGAGAAUUCAUGUGCAGUUGCUAUUCAGGAUACUAAUAACUGUGAUAAUAUCAAUCCAUUGGCACAAACUUCGAAAACAACUUUAUCAACAGGAAGUGAGGCUUUAUUUUCAACGCCAAAACGAGCUAAAUUAAGUAUUGGAGCUGCUUUUUCGAGAGUUUCUGCAUAUGCUCCAAAUGGCGAUAAAAGUAAACAAAUAACGCAGACUAUCGCAGAAAUGAUAACUCGAGACAGUCUUCCUUACAGUAUGGUGGAAGGAAUAGGAUUCAAAAAGUUAAUGAAGACUGUGGCACCUUUGUACAACGUUCCAUGUCGCAAAACAAUCACAGAACUUAUCGACACUAAAUAUGAAGAAAAGAAAACUAUUAUCAAACAAAAAUUAAAAUCUAUUAAAAAUAUCUGUCUCACAAUAGAUGAAUGGAAGGAUAUGCAAUUAAGAAGUUUUUUAGGUGUGACAGUGCACUUCAUAGAAAACUAUGAAAUGCAAUCUAUGAGCAUUGCAUGUGAACCGCUACAUGAGAACCAUACCGGAGAAUAUUUAUCGGAGAUGAUUCUUAAAGUAUGUGGAGAUUGGGAUUUGUCUAUUGAAAAAAUUGUAAGUGUUACUACUGAUAAUGGCAGUAACAUAGUUAAGGCUGUUGAAAUUAGUUUUGGUCGGGCAAAACAUAUUCGAUGUGUAGCUCAUACACUGAAUUUAGUGGUUGAUAAUUCAGUGAAAUCUACUGAAGUGAAAUUAUUUUUGGAUAAAGUUCGAAAAAUUGUAACUUGGUUCCACCAAAGUGGCGUAGGCGCUGAAGAGUUGCGACAAUUACAAACGCAGGAAAAAAUUCCUGAUGGAAAAGUGAAGCAUUUAGUUGGUGACGUAUCCACUAGAUGGAACUCACAAUUACUUAUGAUUGAACGUUUUAUAUUAAUGAGUAGUACAAUAGGAUCUAUUUUAUUAAAACAUCCAAAUGCACCCCAAAUGCUUCAAGCAAACGAAAUUGUUGUACUUAAAGAAAUAGAAAAAGUUUUAAGACCUUUUCACGAUGUCACUGAAAAAAUGAGCGCCGAAAAAUAUGUGACAGCCAGUAAAGCCAUACCUAUGAUCAAGUGUUUGAGAAUUCUAUUAGAUGCAACAACGAUAGAUAGUGAUUUGGCUAACCAAUUAAAAUAUUCACUGCAAACGGAGUUGAUCAAAAGAUUUGAAAACAUCCAAAAAGUUCACCUUUUCUCAGUCGCAACUUUUUUGGAUCCUAGAUUUAAAAAAAUUUAUUUAGAUGAGCCGUUAUCCUUGUCAAAGACAAUCGAUUAUACAAACCGAUAUUUGAGUUUGAACAUGAGAAAUGAUGAUGUUCUAGCAGUGACCCAUUCUGAAUCAUCGGUUUCAUCAGAAGUGACGGUUAACGGACAAGAUAUAUGGAAGGUACACCAUGAAAAAAUAGUGUCAGCAAACACGUCAACGACCAAGAAUACAGAGCUUGACUUGUAUAUUGCUGCACCGUUAUCAAAUCUUGAGUAUCGGAAACUCUGUAAUACCAAUGACAAUUCAUCGAUUCCUCGCCAUAUCCCAGCAACAGUUUGUACUUGUACAGAUACAAAGUCUAAUACAGCUGAGUUCAACAAUGGUGGCAUUACUGCAGACGUACAGCUUGAUCCAAUAGAUUCCAACAAUAUUGCCUUAAGUGAACCUAUUCACGAAAACCUCAAUGAUAAUGUCAACUUUAGUGACAGUAGUGGUGGUAGCUUGCCUCAAAAAUGCAAGCCGGACCCUAACAUUGAUAAAUCAGACUUACGGAAUGAUCUUCGAAACUGGGUUGUUAAUUGUUGCAUCAAUCAUAGCAAUGUUAAUGCUUUAUUGAAAAUUUUAGUUAAACAUGGACACGACGUACCUCUAGAUGCAAGAACUUUACUUCAAACUCCUCGAAAGCUGGAAAUUAUUGAUAUGAGUCCUGGGCAUUAUUAUCAUUUUGGUCUAGCGCAAGGUUUAGUAAGAAGUGUUGCCAAGUAUUAUUCAACUGAAAAUUGUCCGAAAGAAUUACAAAUCAACAUUAAUGUCGAUGGACUUCCCUUGACAAAAAGUUCAGGCAGCCAAUUUUGGCCUAUACUAGCAUCUAUCGAAACAGAUUUUUACACCGAACCCUUCAUCGUCGGUCUAUAUCAUGGUAAUGAGAAGCCUCAUGAUAGUAAUGAAUUUAUGAAGUACUUCACCGAAGAGUGUGAUAGGAUCAUUGAUGCAGGUUUGAGUAUAGGUAAUAAAACAGUUCCCAUUAAAAUUAAUGCAUUUGUUUCCGAUACACCUGCGAAAUGUUUCAUUACUGGAACCAAAGGGCAUAACGCUUAUUUUGGCUGUGGGAAAUGUGUGCAGGAAGGAGAAUUCAUUGAUAAUCGAGUGACAUACCCUGAGACAACAGCAAGAUUACGAACUAACGAAUCAUUUAGACUGAAAACCAAUGAAGAGCAUCACAAAAAAACAUCUAUCCUUGAAAACUUAUUUAUCGACAUGAUAUUAGAUUUUCCAAUAGAUUAUAUGCACUUGGUCUGUUUAGGUGUAAUGAAAAAACUGUUACAGUUUUGGAUCAAAGGAAACAAAGAUGUUAGAAUGACAAAUUUUCACCGUAAACGAGCGUCAGAUCUAUUACUAUCAUUAAAUAAAUCCAUAUCAAAAGAAUUUUCGAGAAAGGCAAGACCUUUGGAGGAAGUAGAUCGGUUCAAGGCUACUGAACUACGACAGUUGUUAUUAUAUACUGGACCAAUAGUAUUUCUCGAUAAUUUGCCGAGUGACAAAUACAAUCAUUUCCUAUGCUUGAGCGUUGCGAUUCGAAUUUUAGCGAGCCCUGAAUACCACAUAAAAUUGAACGAUUAUGCCAGACAACUGCUACAGUAUUUUGUUGAAUCUUUUCCAUUACUCUAUGGUCACCAGCAUGUGUCAUACAACGUGCAUAAUUUGAUACACCUUUGUAAUGAUGUAAAGUUGAAAGGGCCUCUAGAUAAAUUUAGUGCGUUUAAAUUUGAAAAUUAUAUGCAAAAAAUUAAAAAGUUAUUAAUAACAUCCAGCAAGCCUUUAGCACAACUUAUAAAACGUCAUCAAGAAGAAUGUAAAAUCAACGUCCAAUCUGAAAAAUUUGAAUAUCCAAUCAUAAAAUAUGCAAACAUUGAAGAGACCAGUAAUGGCAAAAAAAACAUUCAAUCUAUUCGGUAUCGUGAUUUUUUUAUAAGUACAAAAAUUCCUGACAAUUGCUGUUGCUUAAAAGAUGGUGCAAUUAUCGAAGUAUCGAGAAUUCAUCUCGAAAAUAAAAUAAUAUAUCUAACAGGUCAGAAAUUUUUAAACCCGAAAUCAUUCUUCAAAAUACCAUGUGAAUCUUCAAAAAUUGGAAUACAACUUGUUGAUAGACAGCAUCAACUUGUGAAAGUUUGCAUUUCCAACAUUAAAUUGAAAUGUCUAAAAUUCAAAUUAACCGAUAGUGAAAAUGUGGUCACUCCAUUGUUGCAUCAUUCAUAACACGUAAAGUAAUUAUAAAUAUCAUAGUAAAAACACAACGUCAUUCUUAAAUUCACGAUUUAUCUAUUUUAAAUUUCCCGCUUAGUCCCGCGUGUCACAAAUGUUCGCGCUCUCGCUUUUUCUACAGAUUUCCGGGCUGGCUGGUGGCCAUAUUGUUUUAUUACGCAUUUCGGUCGUAGCUCCCACGUGUCCAAGUAUUGAAGUUUCGCAUUAAAUAAUUUAAUUACUUGAAAUACAUAGAUCGAUUGAUCUCGAUUAGUGUUAUUGCGUCCAGUGCAGUCAGUGCAGUUAGUGUUGUACGCAGUCAUUACGUCAUUCUCACGAUAUAUUCGGACUUCAAUAAUCAACCGACUGAUCAGAAUUGGUUCUGCCGGUUACAUCUACACAAUCUAUAGAAACAUGCCGUUGCCCUACGCUGUUGUAUCUUUUUCAAAUGAUGAUUCUGACGAUGAACAAGUGACAUCUGAGGUCCCGAGUUGUUGGUUAACUCCCAACAAUACAAAAUGCUGGUGGCCUAAGACAAAAAACAUAAGUGCAUUCAUGGUUAAAAAAGUAUUGCCCGAUACUGAAGAUCCUAAGUGGGAAUUGUACGACGUCAUAUUCGAAAACUAUUUUGGUAAAGUUUCUAUUUAUUUAUUGUCUUGAGCAAUGAUCAAGAUAGGCAAAAAUCUGUCGAUUAAUUAUAUCACAGUCGAUGUUUUAAAUUAUAUCAUCGUAAACUUGCUCGAUUUAACAGUAUUGUUGCGAAUACAAGUCAAGGUUUUUUCAUGGUGGAUGUGCUCGAAAAACUUCUACUUUACUUAUAUGCUGGUUUUCUUUAGAAGGUAUAUACAGAAAAUAGUUGCUUAAAUGAAGCCUUGUAUUCACAAAAAUACAGAUGAUUAUCAGGUCAUGCGUAGUUGGGUAAUAGUUAGAAAAAUUUCCUGAAUACCAUACCAAUAAACAUUAAUAUUAAUUUUAAUGUAUUAUGUGUUUAGUAUUUGCAUUAUUAGUACAUAUUUCCGAUACCGUAGUUGUUUUACUACCUGAAGUUCUGAAUCUUCAUUUGAACGAAAAUUUAAAGAAUUUACCAUGUUAUUUUGUCAGCCAAAAUUCGGGAAAAAUUGAAACCUGAUUUCAACAGUAGAGUUUAAUUUUUUGACACUUCAAGUUUCAAUUUAUGGAAAAUUUUAGUAAAAACCAGCCUAGUAUAUAAACCUGUUGCAAUUUUCGUUUUAAUAAAGGUUUGGAAUUUCAGGCAUGUAGCUUUUAUUCCAUGAGAGUAUUAAUAUUGUAUAUUAUUAGUCCAAUGAAUCUGAAGAUAUUGCCUUCAGGUCACACAUUUGAUUGGGUGAAGAGCUACAGCUUGUUAAUUAUAAACAGCAGGUGUCUAUAAGACCUGGAAAUCUGGAAAAGCUGGAAAUGUCAGGGAAUUUGUACUGUCUGGAAAACUCAGGGAAUCUUGUCUCAUUUCACUAAGUCGGGAAUUUUUUUCGAGUCUUCCAACCUUUUAAAUCUCAAAUUCAACG